AUGCAGCAGCAGCAGCAAGGAGGGGAAGCAGCAGCAGCAGGGAGGGAAGGCAGCAGCAGCAGCAGCAAGGAGGGAAGGCAGCAGCAGCAGGCAGGCGAGGCACCAGCAGCAGGAAGAGGGCAGACAGCAGCAGUAGGGAGAGGGGAUAGCAGCAGCAGGAAGACAGACAGAAGCAGCAGCAGCAGCAGGAAACAGCCGCAGCAGCAGGAAACAGAGGCAGCAGCAACAGCAGCAGCAGCAGCAGCAGCAGACGUUGCUGAGCCCCUGGGCCUCUGCCCAGGCCUGGAGUUCUUUCUUUUUGCAAAUAAGAGUCCCGUGGCCAUUUGCUUCGAAGUAAACCCCCAAAGGAAACCCUAG